GGUUUCCCAUGAGCUUGAGUGGUAUAUAUGUAUAUAUAUGUAUGUUCUUUUUAUAGCGCAUGAUUUGGGAGUUACACUUGGUGACAUGGAUGAGUCGGCACUGACCCUGGGCACAAUAGAUGUUUCUUAUCUUCCCAAUUCCUCGGACUAUAGUCUUGGUCGAUGCAAACAUGCGAAUGAGGAAUGGGUAAGUUGUGGUUUCAGAUCCACCUUCUUCAGGUCUGCGACCCUAAAAUGGAAAGAAAGCCUGAUGAGUCGGAAGAGGCCGUUUGUCGGAAGGUGCUGCUACGUCUGCACUCCCCAGAGCUGGGAGAAAUUUUUCAACCCCAGUAUCCCAUCUUUGGGUUUGCGGAAUGUUAUUUAUAUCAAUGAAACUCACACAAGGCACCGAGGAUGGCUUGCAAGACGGCUCUCCUAUGUUCUUUUUGUUCAAGAACGAGAUGUGCAUAAGGGUAUGUUUGCCACCAACGUGACUGAAAAUGUGCUGAAUAGCAGCAGAGUACAAGAGGCGAUUGCAGAAGUAGCCGCCGAAUUAAACCCUGAUGGGUCUGACCAGCAACAAUCAAAAGCCGUCAAUAAGGUGAAAAAGAAAGCCAGAAAGAUUCUCCAGGAAAUGGUUGCCACAGUCUCACCGGGGCUGAUCAGACUGACUGGGUGGGUGCUGCUCAAACUGUUCAACAGCUUUUUUUGGAACAUUCAGAUUCACAAGGGCCAGCUUGAGAUGGUUAAAGCUGCAACUGAGACGAAUUUGCCGCUUAUAUUCCUGCCGGUUCAUAGAUCCCAUAUUGACUAUUUGCUGCUCACGUUCAUUCUCUUCUGCCAUAACAUCAAAGCACCUUACAUCGCCUCAGGCAAUAAUCUCAACAUUCCAAUCUUCAGUACCUUGAUUCACAAGCUUGGGGGCUUUUUCAUACGCCGGAGACUGGAUGAAACACCCGACGGACGGAAAGACAUCCUCUACAGAGCCCUGCUGCACGGGCAUAUAGUUGAACUGCUCCGACAGCAGCAGUUCCUGGAGAUUUUUCUGGAAGGCACACGCUCCCGGAGUGGGAAAACCUCCUGUGCCCGGGCUGGGCUUCUCUCGGUGGUGGUUGACACACUGUCCACCAACACCAUCCCAGACAUCCUCAUCAUCCCUGUGGGAAUCUCCUAUGACCGGAUCAUUGAAGGGCACUACAAUGGCGAACAGCUGGGCAAGCCUAAGAAGAAUGAGAGCCUGUGGAGUGUAGCAAGAGGUGUCAUUAGAAUGCUAAGGAAAAACUAUGGCUACGUCCGAGUGGAUUUCGCACAGCCGUUUUCUUUGAAGGAAUAUUUAGAAAGCCAAAGUCAAAAACCUGUGACUGCUCCCCUUUCUUUGGAACAAGCCCUGCUGCCAGCUAUACUUCCUUCAAGACCCAGUGAUGCUGCUGACGAAGGUGUGGAUGCAGCCAUGAAUGAGUCCAGAAAUGCAGCCGAUGAAUCCUUCCGCAGGAGGCUGAUCUCGAAUCUGGCCGAGCACAUCCUCUUCACUGCCAGUAAGUCCUGCGCCAUCAUGUCCACUCACAUCGUGGCCUGCCUGCUGCUGUACCGCCACCGCCAGGGAAUUAAUCUCUCUACAUUGGUGGAAGACUUCUUUGUGAUGAAGGAGGAAGUCCUGGCCCGUGACUUUGACCUGGGCUUCUCAGGGAAUUCCGAAGACGUGGUCAUGCACGCCCUCCAGCUGCUGGGCAAUUGCGUCGCUAUCACCCCCACUAGCAGGAAUGACGAAUUUUUCAUCACUCCCAGCACAACUGUCCCGUCAGUCUUUGAACUCAACUUCUACAGCAAUGGAGUCCUGCAAGUUUUUAUCAUGGAGGCCAUCCUAGCCUGCAGUCUCUACGCGGUCCUGAACAAGAGGGGUUCUGGAAGCUCUGCGGGUGUGCCCGCCGGCCUGGUCAGCCAGGAGCAGCUGGUGCGCAGGGCCGCCAGCCUGUGCUACCUGCUCUCCAAUGAAGGCAGCAUCUCGCUGCCCUGCCAGACGUAUUACCAAGUCUGCCACGAGACGGUGGGGAGGUUUAUCCAGUACGGCAUCCUCACCGUGGCGGAGCAAGAUGAGCAGGAAGAUAUCAGUGCUGGUCUUGGUGAGCAACAGUGGGACAAGAAACUUCCAGAACCUUUGUCUUGGCGGAGUGAUGAAGAAGAUGAAGACAGUGAUUUUGCUGAGGAGCAGCGAGAUUGCUACCUGAAGGUGAGCCAGUCCAAGGAGCAUCAGCAGUUCGUCACCUUCUUACAGAGACUCCUGGGGCCCCUGCUCGAGGCCUACAGCUCCGCCGCCACCUUUGUGCACAGCUUCAGCGGCCCUGUCCCGGAGCCUGAAUACCUGCAGAAGUUGCACAAAUACCUAAUAAGCAGAACAGAAAGAGAUGUUGCAGUGUAUGCUGAGAGCGCCACGUACUGCCUCGUGAAGAAUGCCGUGAAAAUGUUCAAGGAUAUCGGGGUUUUCAAAGAGACCAAACAAAAGAGGGUGUCUGUUUUAGAACUGAGCAGCACGUUCCUACCUCAAGGCAACCGGCAGAAGCUCCUGGAAUAUAUUCUGAGUUUUGUGGUGCUGUAGGCAGCCCGUGGCACCUCUGGCAAGUGAAGGACACGAGCUGAGCUCGUGGCAGGCUCUGGCCCCCAACCCGAGAGCUGCAGGUGCCGCCGCGUGGUCAGGCCUUCCUGUCCCCAUGGUGAUCUAGAAGACAAGUGCCUUCUCCCUCCUCGGCCCCGGGACCUUCCGCACGCUGGGCCAAAGCGACAGCCGGCAGAUAACACUUGGGGGCCCCGCACCCCCCGGCCUCCGCUCACAGCUCCUCACCAGUAGGUGGCUAGAUGAAAUCUCAGUAAUUUAUUUGAAAAAUUUAUUAAAGUUUUGCAUUUUAGUGACACUUUAAAGGACUAAUUACUAUGGUGGACAGAGAAACGUGGUUGUGUCCCAGAACUGGAUCCCGUGUGAUGUGCUCAGUGCUGACGGGUCAGUCACUGAAACUGUGGGGUUCCUGGCCAGUGCUCUCUAAAACAUCACUGCCCCAUCUCUCCGCUUGUUUCCAGAUGUGUUGCUAGCAGCUGCAUUUACCUGGGGGGCGGGGAGCACCUUUCUUCCCACCUCUCCAGGCCAGGAAGCCCUGUGCUGUGCUGUGCUGUGUGGUCAGAAUUAGAAGGCACCUCCAGAGCUGCAUGGCAAAAGACACUAGAUGAUGUAGGACGGAAAUUGAGAGGUAAAUUUGCUGAGAGAAUGCCAGUUAAACCUGGCCAGAAAACUUUAGCUCAUAUAGAGAAGUGCCAUUUCAUUUUAAAAGACCAGCAGGUAUCUAAGAAAAAAAAAAAAUCUCCAGUUUUUUGUCUGUGUCACUUCUGGCCCUCAAAUGGCACCUGCCUCAAGGUUACAAGUCUUUGUCGGAGCUGCUUUUCGAAUGCAGCCAGCCGGGCCUGCUGGACUCUGCAGAGCAUGGCAUGCAGGAAGGAGCCUGGCACACAGAGUCUACACUGCACCCGAGGCACAGGGACUGGGACCCAUGAGACUGGUCAGUGGGCAACCUGUGCCAUGAACGUGCUGAAUCCACUCAGUGGUACGAGUUGGAAGUAUCUGUGGGUUUUGAGCUGUGAGCAAAAGAACAAAACCGUGGUUCUUUAGAAAUGUACGUAGAUUGUCUGCCUAAGCCCCAACGCCACAUAGUCACCAUGCCCGUGACAAAUUGUCGCAGACGGCUAGGUGCUUUUGUGUGACAGGGCGCACAAUUGUUACUUGUGGUGAUUACGGCAAUUUAAAGAUUACGUAAUUUAAGAGUUUUUCUAAGAGUUUAUUGUCCUCUUUCUCCAUGAUAAUUAUGGAAUCAGGAUUUUUUUUUUUUUUGCUGAUAAAUAUUGCAUAGACUCUUUUGAAUUUAAAAGUACCAAGAAUGAACUUUUGUACUUUCUUAUGCUCGGCUUCUAGAUGCUACUAGUAUCUUGUGAAUCCUGUGUGUUGGGAGAGGGAGGAAGGCGGGUCGGUGUUUCACGCUGUGCCAGCUCUCCUGCCUGCCACGUGGAGCGGAGAUGCUGGGCUGCGGUGGUCCCCUCGUGACUCUUGUCAUGUUCUGCGUUUGAAGGCAGGAGUUGUUUGCAGGAGCUCCUUGGCAGCGUGGCUGCCCUCUGUGGGAUGGAGCGCUCGCCCUCAGCCUUCCGUGUUACACUGGGGCUGCAACACUGCUUUUCUUGGCCGCACUUGGGCGAGUCCCAAGGAGUCUUAUUUAUUUAUUCCUUUGCAUGUUUGCUGUCUGGGGAAUCGGUCAUUUCCCUGGUGCGUCUUCUGUCAUCCUUCAAAUUGUGAAUCCAGGGUUUUUCCGGUGCCCUGUCGGCUGGGCCUGCCCUCCUGCAGGCGGUGCCGCCCUGCCCGUCAGUCUGCACGGAGCUGCUGCCUCGCCGCCCUGAGCGGGCACACUGCAGCUUCGGCCUCAGCGCUGCUCUGCCUCAUCCGCUUUCCAGCCAUCUCGUCGGUUGCCAUUGGGGAACGCAAUGUGUCAUUCGUUGGCAAUGCUGCCACUUCACUCACUGGGAGGGUAAAUGUGCAUGCUUUUUGUAAUUACCUGGUGCUUCUGAAACCUUUUCUAAAAAAGAAAAACAUGAUCUCAACCAAAGUUAAUGCUCAUGUAGACAAGCUGACCCUUGAAUUAAUUUUAGCACAGCUCGUUCUUCAGUGCCUCAUUACCGGAAAAGAGAACGCAUCAUGGUGAGGCUGUGAGAUAGCACUGUGCUCAUCCUCCCGUUGCUUCCCCGCAGCGAAUGGCUUCCUUGUCAGGUUAAACACACGAGGUGCUCGUCAUCACUUACUCCCGGUUUACUCUCUUGCAUUUCUGUGAAACCGAAAUGCUUGCGCUUCAGGGUAAGACUGAGUCAAGUCAAACAAGCAAUAGGAAACUGCACUUUGUCUUUAAAAUGACAAUGUUCCAUGUAAAUCAGACAAGAAGGAAAUUGGCUCUCUUAACAUGUCAAGGAAAAAAACUAAAAGGGCAGAGUUGGGAAUGGCGUGCGUGGAGCUAAGUGGAACUAAGCACCGAGAAGGCACGCCGUUUUUUCCUUCCCAGAUGCACGCAGGUGACAGUGAGAGUGGGAAAGGCAGACCGCAGGGAGUGGCCGUGCAGGCUGUGGAGUCCUCAGGCACCAGGAUGCAGAGGGCAGUCCCACGGGUGUCCUUGUCCGGAAGCCCCGUUUGCCCCAGGACGUACGUGGUGCCCGUUAGCCGUCGGGACUCGGCACUCUUAGCCUGUCUAACCCAGCAUUUCCCAAUCUGUUGGAGCUCGUGUCCUUUGCCCUCUGGGACACCUCGGACCCUCUCACUGGUGUCUCGCGGAAAACGCUCGGCAGCCCUGUGUGAGGGAGUUGCUUACAGGGACAGUACGGUGUGGCACUGAGACACGCCACCCAGUGCUGCGCUGGGUGCCUCUGCGCCUACACCCUGGAGAGAAUACGCAUGCGUACCUUGCUCUAGGUGACGCGUGCUCUGCCCUUUGCUGCAGGCUCAGUUAUUCAUGGGCUGGCUUUUCCACUGAAAGCAGAAUUAAUACAUAUAAGGUUUAAUUGGGGUAGAUAAUCAGGGCUUUAUUGCAGAUCUAGCAGGAACUGUGCAGUUAAAUGCAGAUUUUUAUCUACAGAAAGAUCUAAUACUUAGAAAAAUGCCAUGUUGCUGAGGUUUCUGAGACUUAGUACGGGAUGUAAAUCUAUUUUUUAAAACACUAUUUUUAGAGACCUGUGAGCUUGUGGCAUUGCAGUUUAACACAGACUAAUGACUGCAUUGGAGAGAGACUGGAACUUCAUUUUCUAAGCAGCUGGAGCUCUGACGUCUUGAUGGAGGGUGUUAAGGUAUUUGCCAGUUAUACAAAGGAAUGUUAGGUUGUGUAAAAUAAUUGCUAUGAAGUACUGUAAAAUAACACUGCGUGAUUUUUGUGAGCAAAACUGACUUGAAAAUGUUGAUUUUUCUGCCUGUUAAUGUGUUGUGGGAAGCACAGAAAUGUAGUUUUGUCAUAAUAAACCAAAAAUUAAACA